GCGGGAGAUUUGAAAGUGCCUCGGCAAAGCUGCGACCAGGCAGAUUCAGUCGUUUUUUGCGGACGACGGGGACAGUAGCUGUGCCACGGGCUCCGGCUCUGUUUUCCCUUCUCCACCCAGCUCUCCUCCUACUUUCUAAGGAUGGCCCAGAAGGAGAAUGCCUACCCCUGGCCUUACGGCCGGCAGACGCACAUUCCAGCCUGGUCUCCAGGACAAAGGCAUCCUCAGAGCUACCCCUGCUCCUUCUCAGUCUCAAUCGGGCCUGAACACCCUACCCCAGAGGGUCCUCCGGAAGGAGCCUGCCACCCCAUCUGCACUUGUCCUCAUGAGUCGCCCCAAUGGCCUGCCCACAGCUGCCCAUGGCCAGAAGGUGAGAGAAAAUAGCAUUGGCGUGCGCAACUCCAGACAGCCCCUCACAAUCAACGACUUUGAGAUUGGGCGUCCUCUGGGCAAAGGCAAAUUUGGGAAUGUGUACUUGGCUCGAGAGAAGAAAAGUCAUUUCAUUGUGGCACUCAAGGUCCUCUUCAAGUCCCAGAUCGAGAAGGAAGGUGUGGAACACCAGCUGCGCAGGGAGAUCGAAAUCCAGGCCCAUCUGCAGCAUCCCAACAUCUUGCGGCUCUACAACUAUUUUUAUGAUCGGAGGAGGAUCUACUUGAUUCUGGAGUAUGCCCCCCGGGGAGAGCUCUACAAGGAGCUACAGAAGUGCCGCACUUUUGAUGAGCAACGAACAGCCACGAUCAUGGAGGAGUUGGCGGAUGCUCUGAUAUACUGCCAUGGGAAAAAGGUGAUUCACAGAGAUAUAAAGCCAGAAAAUCUGCUUUUAGGGCUCCAAGGUGAGCUGAAGAUUGCGGACUUUGGCUGGUCGGUGCAUGCUCCCUCUCUGAGGAGGAAGACAAUGUGUGGUACCCUGGACUACCUGCCCCCAGAGAUGAUUGAGGGGCGCACACACAAUGAGAAGGUAGAUCUCUGGUGCAUCGGGAUACUCUGCUAUGAGCUGCUGGUGGGGAACCCACCCUUCGAGAGUGCCUCACACAAUGAGACCUAUCGGAGGAUCGUCAAGGUGGACCUCAAGUUCCCUCCUUCUAUGCCCGCAGGGGCCCAGGACCUCAUCUGCAAGCUGCUCAAACAUAACCCCUCUGAAAGGCUGCCCCUGGCCCAGGUCUCAGCUCACCCUUGGGUCCGGGCCCAUUCACGGAGGGUGCUGCCUCCCUCUGCCCCUCGUUCUGUCCCCUGAUCAUCUCUGUCAUUUACUUGGUUGUAUCUGUUUGUAUGUCUGUGUGUGUUCAGGGGGAGAAGGAGCCCUAGCCUGUACCCUUAUCUGUCUUCUACCUCCUUUUUAUUUAAUAAAGGCUGGAGCUUUUUGUACUGAUGAAUGUAGAGGUUCUGGGUGGAGGCUUUGCUGUGGAGGAAGCUGUCCCUUAGGGCAAGGAGGGAGCACCUAUCCUGGGUGGUAGGGAGUGACACUGCAUCAUUAUCUCUGGUAACUUCCCACCCUCCCAGCUCCCAGCCACCCCCACACACCCACUUCUUGGCCCUACUUUGAUUUGCAGAACAUGGGGGUAAUUAGGGGACCUUAGCUCCCCACUGCUACACUUGAUCUCUACCUGCCUUUUCCUGACUUGUAGUGUUUUCCUCUCCUGGCUCAUUCAUUGCCAACUUAGGAGUGAACUGAGUAUGUCUGUAACCUAUUAUUUGUCAGUUUUUGUUUGUUUUACUGUGCUGGCUAUGUCUCUCAUAGGAAUGAAUAGAAGCAAUAUAUGUUUUUUUGUUUGUUGACAGUGCUGGGGAUGAAAACCAGGGACUUGAGCCUGGUAGGAAAGUCCUCUACCACUGAGCUAGUCCUUGCCAUAGGGUUUUGUUUGUUUUUUUGUUUUGUUUUUUUGAGACAAGGUCUGGCUCUGCUGUCCAAGCUGGCCUUAAACUCCUGGGCUCAGGCAAUCCUUCUGCUCCAGCCUCCUAAGUAGCUGGGACUUAUAGGGCUUAACUCUGCCCAGUUAUUUUUUUAGGUUUUUAAUAGACAAUCCUUCAUCAGGAAGGAAGGUCUAGUCUACUCUAGUUCACUAGUGAUCUUUUCUUUAAAGCAGAUUUUCUGUAUCAUGAGUCAGAGUUGAUUUUUUCCCUCUUUUUAUUGAUGCAUUAUAAUUAUACAUAACAGAGGGAUUUGUUAUAAUAUAUAAAUAUGUACACACAAUAAAACAGUAUAAUUUUAA